ACAAGUAUUGACGAGGACAUGGACACGCUCCCGCGGGAACAGGAAACACACACUCCUCCCACACCGCACCAGGACGUGGACACGCUCCUGCGGGAAGAGAAACACACGCUCCUCCCACACCGCACCAGGACGUGGACACGCUCCUGCGGGAAGAGAAACACACGCUCCUCCCACACCGCANCAGGACGUGGACACGCUCCUGCACGAAGAGGAAACACACGCUCCUCCCACACCGCACCAGGACGUGGACACGCUCCUGCGGGAAGAGAAACACACGCUCCUCCCACACCGCACCAGGACGUGGACACGCUCCUGCGGGAAGAGGAAACACACGCUCCUCCCACACUGCUGUGGGCAGGGAAAAUGGUGCCGCCACGUGGAAAGCAGUCCGGCAAACAAAAGGCAACUCAAAAGGUUAAACAGAGUCACCACGUGACCCAGCAAUUCUCCCUCCCAGUUACAUACCAAGAUAAAUGGAAACACACAUCUACACGAAAACUCACACAUGAAUACUCACAGCAAUGUUAUUCCUGUCAAAAUAGUAGUCAAAAAUGGAAACGAUACUGGUCAAAAAGUGAAAACAAUCCGCAUGUCCAUCGACGGAUGAGUGGAAAACACACGUGCUGCGUCCACACCAGGGGCCGUUACCCGGCUACAGAAUGAAGGAAGUACUGAUUCACACUGCGUGGAUGAACCUUGAAAGCAUCAGGCUGAGUGGAGGAAGCCAGGCACAUAUAAUUCCACUCACAUGAAACGUCCAGAGAGGCAAAUCCACAGACACAAAACGCAGAUGAGAGGCUCCCUGGGGCUAGUGGAUAGGAGAAGAGGGAAGGAUGCGGAGGGACUGCCAACCGGUACGGGAUUUCUUUUGGGGAUGAUGAAAAUAUUCUAAAAUCAAAUGUGCUGAUGGUUACACUCCUCCAAAUAUUCUAAAAAUCUUUCAACUUUACACUCUAAGUGGGUAAAAGUUAUGGUUUCUAAAUUGAAUCUCAAUAAAGCUGUUUUUAAACAGCAGUAGUAAGUGCAGUUGGAUGGAGGUCGGGAGUGGGUGGGGGACAGAAGGAAGGAGAACGGUGACUGCUGGUGGCUGUGGAGUCAGAUGACAGGCGCGCGGGUUCUUCCGACAAUUUUGUUGACUUUGUGUUUGAAACUUUCCAUCAUAAAAAAUUAUUUAAAAUGAAGUUGCAAGAGGCUGUGGUCCACUGAGUGCAAUCUUCCCCUAGCACAGAAACAUUCAGGCCCCCAUUUCUGAGGGCGGGCGGGGAGCUGACGUGACAGUUUGCUUGCCACCAUUCUUCAGCCCAUUUUUGGCAGGUCGCUAGCGAGAUCCCCACUAUCAAAUGCUUUGACCAAUUUUCAGUCUCCAUCUCUGUAGGCUCUGCUGACCACUCCCUCCUUCCUGAAGUUGUCCCCUCCCUUGACUUCUGUGAUACCUCAGGCCUGGCCUUUGUCCUGCCUCUGACACCACUUCUUCCCCAUUUUCUUACCACACCGCCAUAGCUCUCCCGGGGGCACACACUGGUCUGGGAGCCUGCACGCACGCACACACCCUCUUCCUUGCCUCCUGUCUCCACCCACAUCUUCUUCAGGCCCCCAGUGGCUGGUGGGUGGCAAGGGUGUGGCCGAUGGAGGACAUCGUUGUGUGCAUUCCGGGAAAGCUUCCGAAAACACAUGGGCUCAGCUGAUGCAUGCUUUGGCCCCAGCCCUGCGCCCUGCACCCUGCACCAUCUCCCUCUCUCCAAACCUAGGACAGGGACCUAGCGGAGGCGCAGCUACCAUUUUAAGCAGAGGAAAGUCACAGGCAGCGACAAGGAAAGUGACAGUACGAUGACCACCUGCUGCGUUCCACACCUGGCUCUAAGCUGGUUUUGCCUCACUCAGUCUUCACGCCAACCAAAGAGACUGGUGCCAUUAUGAUCUCCAUUUUGCAUCCAUUGCAGAGAUCACUGAGGCACCAACGCUGUCUGCAGCUCUUCAGGGGCAGCGCCUGGAUGUGGACCCCGGCGGUCAGACCCCAGAGCGGCACUGCAUCCUUCACAGAUCCUGAUGGCGGCCCUCAGCAGCAGGAGCCACCUGGAUUCUCAAUGCCCAGACUCCUGCAUGGGAGAGCGCCAUCAACCUCCCUGUGGGACAGCCCCACUGCCAGCUCGAGUCACAGUCACACCUUGGAGACCCCUGACACAUCAGAGAGCCACGGGAUCCUGUGACCCGCUGCACUCCACUCUCCCCAGACACACACACCCACAGCCAUGACUGUCGGCAGCCAUUUCCGGACCAACAAUUUCCAGACUAACCUCCACUGCAGAUCUCCUGCCAAGGCCCGGAUCCCAACAGACUCUUCUACUUGAUCACUGCCGACAGAGCACACUCAGCACAUCCUAAAUCAGAACCCCAUCCCGCCUCCUCCACCUGCUCUUUCUACUCCACGUCUCAUCCUAGAAAACGGCACCACACCCCUCACAGGGCCAGGAAUCUAGGAGGCCACUGGAUUUUUCCUUCUUGUUCACACUCCCCUCCGCUCACAUCAAGCCACUUUGGUGCCCUCACGGCAGCCUAUUUGACAUCCAGGACCAGGGCCUCCUCUCAGGCCCUGUCCUCCCUCAGCGAGUCUCCUGCCUCUGCUGGCCUCUGGUCUGGGCCCGCUCCUGUGCCCCGCAGUGUCUCUAGACCAGGUGUCGCUCCUUUGCUGUUAUAAACUCUAAGAUGCCCUGGACCCUGUGUUAUUCUCAUCCUAGACCUGCCUUCCUCCAUCCAUGGCCUGAAGUAAGUCCAAAGUACAAUGUGCCUUGCUGUUUCCUUUCACUUCCAAAAGAUUAGACUAAAAAGUGGGUCUUCUGCCUGUUCCUAGCUGAGUGUCGUCUCCAGCGAGUGUGCUACCCGGAGUCUCCUCCGUACUCUGCCCGUCCCGUGGGUCAAGGACGCAAUCUGCAACAACAAGCACCCACGUUCGGCUCUGAACUGGAACGGGCACACUCGAGCUUCAGCAAAUUUAUCACUAUGCGCCUCUAGUUUCUUCCCCACUCCCUAAGGCUUCAACCUCCGAAACUUACGAGCUGCGAAACCUUCCUGGCAUAGAGAACUUCUCCGUGAUCGAUCUCUCCAAUCAAAUUAUACCCUCUCAUUUCAUUUUCACUGGUAGGGUUUUCUCCCCAAGCUUCAGUGAUGUCUAACUGGCUGUAUUCACUAGACUUCAUGAUCUUCACACGC